AUGAUAAUCGCUUUUAUCUCCCGUCAUCAUCUUCGUACCUCCGCCAACUGGUUAACCGUGUCUACCUUUGUUGCGGGGUUCAUAUCAGGGUUGUAUUACCCACUACUCGGUCUGGUGGAUGCAUACAUCAUCGAGAAUAAUCCAUUCUGUUUCGUCGUUAUGACUUUGGGUGUUAUCUCUGGUCUCCUCUUCACAUUGAGUGUGGGAGCAAUGACUGUCGAGCGAUAUAUUUCCAUUUGCUACCCACUUCAUGCGGCCAGAAUAAUCACACCACGUCGCGUCAUUUUCGUCAUCUCUGCUCUAUACAUCUAUACUCUGAUCAUCAUUGCACUGCCGGCAAUGACACCGAUUGGUAACCGCGGGGACAUCAGUGACAAUCCCCUAGGUUGCAGGUUGGCCACCGUGUACACUUUUCGAUAUGCUCGUUUCGUUCUCAUUCAAUUCCUGGCUCCCAUUCCAAUCAUGUUAAUAACUUACUGUCGUAUUUUCUUUGUCUUGCGUCGUCACAUCCGAGCAAUAGCAGAUCUCCCGAAGAACCCUUGCUCUAGUGAAACUGUCGGUCCGGCUGCUGCGGCUAGUACCGGCACCGCUACUGUUGUCGCGGACGUAACGCGGGAGCGGCGACUUUGGAAACGCGAACUCAGGUCUGUGACGCUUCUGUGCACUCUCGUCACCACGUACAUGCUGUCGUUGCUACCGGUCGUAGUGUUCCUCCAGACUGCGUACCAUAACAGAGGAAGUCCAAUCGGCUACUCGCUCGUCCACUCUGUCGUCUUUUUGGGUGCGGGUAUCAACCCAUUCUUGUACGGUUUUGGCAACAGAGCUUUUCGGAAAGUAGUCUUGUCAAUCUUCUGUAGACGUGAGAGCCAACGUCAGGAAACGGUUUAA